AUGGGUGAGCUAACAGGACCUUCCAGUACUGAUUCUCCACGCAGUAGUCCGCACAGUAGUCCACAUAGCCCUUCUUCAAUCAUUCCACAAGUUUCCUCAGCAUUUCUCUACAAUUCCAUGAUUUCGGCAACACACGCCAACGGUAAACUUUCACAAUCGCCCCCUCCUCCAAACUUAAUGGAAGAUGAUGAAAUGGACAGCUGUAGUACAACUUUCUAUCGGUCUAGCACUGGGGAGACUCGCAAGGCGCGAGAAUUCAUUCCUGAUAGCAAGAAAGAUGAGAAGUAUUGGGAGAGGCGGAGGAAGAAUAAUGAGGCUGCAAAGCGGUCGAGAGAGAAGAGACGACAAAAUGAUGCAAUGAUGGAGCAUGAGAUUGCAGAAUUGAAACAGCAGAAUGAAAUCCUAAUGAGAGAGAAUUGUGCCCUUCUAAGGGAAAUUGCUUCUUUGAAGGGAAAAGAUCCAGCAUGUGUGGAGACACCCACUCCACCUAUUCAACAAAUUCCAUCUUCCGCGAAUGGUGUCAUUUCAACACUGGAUCUCAUCGGCUUGCAACGACUCCUAACAACAUUCUCGAAUAAUUCUGCAAAUGGAAUAACACCUUUACCGGCGAUGGUGGAUCACUCCGUUGUCAAUGGUUCCGGUUUGGAUGAGACUCCGUUAGAUUUGUCCGGUGGGAAGAUUCCAAUGAUGGUGAAGCAGAGUUGUCUUCCAUCCCCAGACUCCCAAUCGGUAGGCAAUGUUAAUCAAAUUGGAAAACUUACUGAACUGGCGGUUCUCACAUCAACUUCACCGCAGAUAACAGCAGACGGCAGCUAUAGUACAAAUCGUCCUCAAUCAGUCAGCUGGAACUCAACCCCGAAUCCUAUUACUCCACCGGCUUGCAAUGGUCUUCAAGCUCUUAUUUCCGCUGCUGCUCUAACUGCGUCUCCACUGAUGGGUGAGACUAAUUGCAAUAUUGUGACCAAUGUCGGUCAUACUACAAAUCCAGGCGCAGCAAAACCAACCUGGGAUAUCCAUCAAGCAUCACCUUGCCUCCCCUUGGGUUUCCAACCAUUGCCACAGCAGAAGAUGGAAGCUUCUAGCGAUUUGGCCCCCAGGAGGAGGAAUGGUAGCAUUCGGUCUCCUUCUAGUCAAUACGACGAUGAACGAUAUAGAGAACGUAGACGUAAGAACAAUGAGGCAGUUCGAAGAUGCCGCGAAAACAAGAGGGCGCGCCUUUCAAUGCGCGAUGAAGUCACCGGUCGUCUCCAGUCGGAUAACAUUCUUCUACGCUCCAAGCUUGAUGGCCUUAAUUCUGAAGUAAGAGCCUUGCGUCACCUUCUGCUGGCUGGACAGCAGCAGGCCAAUGGUCAACAAGUUGUAAAUGAAGAACAGCCUCAAGUAGAAAACAGUGUAGAGUGCCAAAUUACCACCACCGAGCCACAGCAGAUUCAACCCGAUGAAGAGAAGCCUCAGCUGAAGUAUGCUCUUCCCAAAAAAGGCAUUCCACGUGUCCCUACCAACGCCAGUGUCCCUAUCAAUCAUCUAUCCUCUCUCAAACGCCGAAUAACUCUUCCACCAACCUUCAAUCCCCUCGCGUCUAUUCAAUUUGAAGGGGCUAGUGGUAUUACAAAUUGA